AUGCAGCGAUUCAAACAGCAACUUCUAACCUGUGAGUUCGGUGAAGAACCCAGAUCGCUCUUUAUUUCGGACAAAGUCAACCACAAGGAUGCCGUCCCUACGAUAAGACGCCCGCAACGCAAGGCAGAGACACUGGGAUUGAGAUACCUGAUAUUGCUCCGUGGAGACACAAUUACGAAUCUCUCGAUUCAGCGGUGGGAAGAUGUGAUGAACGACAACCAUGAAUUGAGCCCGUUAUUUACCAGUGGUGCCACGGGGGAUCCAAAGGCUGCGAUGCUGACUCAUUUCGAAAUGACUGAUAUUGGUUGUAGCGGACCGCCGUUAUUUCAUUGUUUUGGCCUUUGUGCCGGUCUUCUUGCUUGCUUCACACACGGAGCUGCGAUUGUGUUUGCCAGUCGAGAUUUCGAAGCCGAAGCUAUAGCCAAUGCCCUUGCAGAUGAACAUUGUACGCUAUUGCAUGGCGUUCCGACCGUGCAUAGUGCAAUCUUAGGCGCCAUGCAGAAUAAAAGGAUAAAGAUCAAUACUAUCAGAUUAGGUAUCGCCGCGGGGUCGCAGGUGCCGCCUGCUCUGCUCACGGAACUUAGAAAUCAAAUGGGUUUUCGAGACACGAUAUAUGCUAUGUCCUCAGGAAUGACAGAAACAUCACCAGCAAGCUUCAUGACGGUAUCAUCCGAUCGUAUAGAAAAGAAGCGAGAGACAGUAGGCAGAAUCCUGCCCCAUGCGGCGGCAAAAAUAGUUGAUCAAAACAAUCGGAUCCUUCCACGGGGACAGCAAGGCGAGAUCUGCAUAUCUGGCUAUCUCUUGCAAAAAGGCUAUUAUAAAAAUCCAGCGAAAACCGCCGAGGCCAUGAUCCAAGACGAGAACGGCGUCCGUUGGAUGCACACAGAAGACGAGGCGUCAAUUGACGAGGAUGGAUACUGUAGAAUUACUGCUGACGGCGUGGCAGGAGAAAACGUCUUUCCAGCCGAGAUUGAAGAACGCCUUUUACAGCACCCGGCCAUCAAUCAAGCAAGCGUUGUUAGUGUGAAGGACCAAAAGUAUGGUGAGGCUGUUGCCGCAUUCGUUCAGCUCAGAGUUGGUCAAAGGAAGCCAACAUUGGAGGCAAUGAGAGACUGGAUACGACAAACGCUCGCCCCUCAGAAGGCGCCAAGUUAUCUUAUGAAGACGGCUAGAUAA